UCGCGCAGGGCCGAGAGAGAGAGAGAGGAAAAAGAAAAAAAGAGAGAGAGCUCGCUCCCAUUCCCGUCCCCAUCCCAUCCCAUCCCACCCCCUCCCCCUCGUCGGAGCCGCGCCGCCGCCGCCUCCCAAUCCGCCGCCGCCGCCGCCCAUGUCAAAGACGCCGGGGAAGUCGCCGCGGACGCCGCGCCGGACCCUGGAGUCCUACACCAUCAAGGGAUCCGACGGCGUCAUCCGCCCUGGAGACUCUGUGCUCAUGAAGGCGCCCGACUCAUCAAAGCCUCCAUAUGUGGCCAAGAUUGAGGAAAUCGAGGCAGCAGGACCUCGGGGCGCAAAUGUCAAGGUUAAAGUGCGGUGGUACUACCGGCCAGAAGAGUCUAUUGGUGGGCGGAGGCCAUUCCAUGGCGAAAAGGAGGUGUUCCUCUCCGACCACCAAGAUGUGCAGAGUGCUGACACCAUAGAGUGCAAGUGCAAUGUCUACAGCUUCCGGGACUACACCAAGCUUGCUGCUGUCAAUCCUGAGGACUAUUUUUGCCGCUUCGAGUACAAGUCAAUCACAGGCAGCUUUGUGCCUGACCGCAUAGCUGUGUUUUGCAAGUGUGAGAUGCCAUACAACCCUGACGAUCUUAUGAUCCAGUGUGAGGAAUGCUCUGAUUGGUUUCACCCUGCUUGUAUUGGAAAGACCAUAAAAGAAGCAAAGAAGCUUGAGAAUUUUACAUGCGAAGGUUGCGUUGCUGAAAAUGGAAAUGCGAAUGGAGUCAAGAAUGAAAAUUCGCAUGAAUCUACAGGCGAGUCAGAUGAGAAGGUUACGUGUUUGACUGAUGAUGCCUUGCCUGCUCGCAAUUGCAUUGCAGGUACCGUUGUGAGGCGCAAGAAGGGGUCUGUUCUUGCUGAUUUGGCCCACCCUGGUGAUGAGGUGCUCGUCGCCAGGGGUGGACAGGGCGGGAUCAGCUUGAUCGAUGCGCCCGAUUACAAAAGAGGGAAAGCCAUGGCUUUAUCGCCUAAUGUCAUGCGUGAUGUUACUGAUAAGGUAUUAACGCAUGGCCAGCCUGGUGAGGAAAUAAGCUUGGAAUUAAUCUUAAGGGUGGUUGCAGAUGUUGGCCUAGUGGGACUUCCAAAUGCUGGAAAAUCAACACUUCUAUCAGCUAUAACACUUGCAAGACCAGACAUUGCGGACUAUCCAUUUACUACAUUAAUGCCAAAUCUUGGCCGGCUUGGUGGAGAUCCCACUUUAGGGGCGUUGCAGUUUUCCUCUGGAGCAACAUUGGCAGAUUUGCCAGGUCUUAUUGAGGGCGCUCAUCUGGGCAAGGGUCUUGGUCGCAAUUUCUUGAGACAUUUGAGGAGAACGAGAGUAAUCGUCCACGUCGUUGAUGCUGCUGCUGAUGACCCUGUUAAUGAUUAUAAGAUUGUCAGAGAAGAAUUAAGGAUGUAUAACCCCAAAUACCUGGAGCGACCUUAUGUUGUGGUUCUGAACAAGAUUGAUCUUCCUAAGGCCCAAGAUAGGUUAUCUUCAUUAGCACUUGAAAUAUCUUCAGUAGGCUGUGAAGAAAGCCACGACAAAAAUGCCAGCAAAGAAAAGCUAAAUGUGAACUUCAACAGACACCAUAUGUCAGAAGACGAUGAUAAGGAACUUGGGGACUAUCCAAGACCUCAAGCUGUAAUCGGUGCAAGCGUACUAAGGCGCAUCGGGAUCGACGAGAUGCUGAAGGAGAUCAGGACAGCCCUGGGAAAAUGCUCAGAUCACAUGUUACCAGGACCAUGAAUCUGAAAGUCUGCACGCUGGAGCCCUUAACAUCAGUCCAACACCUGGAAAGGAUCGAGCGGGAUCGAUUGGUUCUUCAACAACAGCGGCAGUCGAGUCUGUCCUUGGCUCAUGACGGCGUUAGCAAUUCCUGGAGGACAAAAACUACCAGUUUGAUUGUCCAAAAUCCUAUUGCGGAGCGCUUCAGUGUCUGCCGCGUUAGCUUGAGGACGAGCAGUUGCAGAUAUCCAGACUACACCUCCAUCUGUAUUCCAUGCUAGAGAUAGAAAGAAAUCAGUUGUGAAAUAUUGAAAAACUAAUGAGGACUCAUAUAUAUACUCCGUAUUUGUCUGCACGUAUUAGUGAAGAUUUGAAAAUCAUAUCUUCCGUACUAAAUAAAUGACUAGUAGAAAUUCGUCUA